AUAAAAGGUAGAAUUAGUAUAGUACUAGCUAAUACUAUACUAGAUUUCUUCAAAGACUGAUUCUAUAUAUUAAAUUCCCUCUAGAAGAACAUGUACCCGUUCACCAUAUUAUUUUUCAAAAUGAAAGCUCUGCUACAGAUGAUGAUCGUGACAAAGUAUACCAAAAGCAACAGAAACACAGCAUAGCGAAACGACGACGUCGCAGAUAGAAAUGAUAUUAAUUAUUCAUCAUCAACUAUUAUUAUUAUUAUCAUUUCCUCUCAUCAUUAUUUAAAAUAUAUUUCUUAUUUAUAUUGAUUCAAUUAGAAAAAGAACAGAAUCAACGGCCAUGGAUUCUGCGUUUAGUCACGACGGUAACUACCGAGCAAAUUUCGUUCGGUUUUUGAUGCAAUCUGUGGGCUGCACUUACGUUUGUUUAUGGAAAUAUAACCCUGAAAAUUACGUUUUCUUCUACUUAGAUGGUUUGUAUUACGAAGAUUUAAAUACCCAGUUGCCUAGCUCAUCCUCAUCAUCAUCAUCAUCUCGAAGUCUUGCUCGGACACUUUUCGAUGAGUAUUGCCAGUCAAUUAUACUUGGGGUCUCUGCAAAUGACCAAGUUCCAGGAUCAGCUUUUAGGAAUAACUCUCCGUACUUGGAGCUGCAAGAUAUUGAGCUUCGGAGAUUGGCUUCAAACGACUCACAAAGGCGAUUCUACGUGGAAGCUGGGAUAAGGACUGCAGUUUUCAUGGGUUGCAGGACUGGAGAGAUUGAAAUUGGUCUUCCAAUUGAGCCUCAGAUGAAGAUGAAAAUGGAUUUAAGAAAUUGGUUUCCGGAAGAAUUUUCAAGUCAAAGCCAAGUUGCGGGGAGAGACCAAGUAGAUCAUCAAAUUAUUAUAUCGAGUCAAACCCAAAUUGUAGAACAGUUAAAUAAUCCAAUUAUUAUUAAGCCGCCAACCGAUACUACUUCUAAUCAAAAUCCACUUGCAGCUGCUUCUUCUUCUAAUUCAUCCUCUUUAAGGUCAUUAUCUAUGGAUACUAACAGCCCUGAAUAUUCAUCUCUUCUCUUCAGUAUUAACAAUAAUCCAACCCCUUCAACUACAACUACCAAUACUACUUCUUCUCAAAUACUUAGUAUAAUUAACAAUAACCCAAAUAACUCUCAAUUGUUAUUACAACCAUGUACUACCACCACUACCACUACUUCUACUACUACACCACCACCACUCCUCACCAUGCCUCAUCAACAAGCAAUGCAAGCCUUUGCUAGCCUCAGACAAGCCCAGUUUCCAAGCUCGGAGAGCGAAGACGCCGCCAUGACAAAAGCAAUUCUAGCAGUUCUGACCUCGAAUUCGCCUGAUCCUACUUCUUCUUCUUCCUCUUCUCUUUACAGCAGUGAUCAUCAUCAUCAUCAUCAUCACCAAUUGAUAAACCAGAAAUCAAGUGCUUUCAAAAGUUAUAGUACUACUACUCAUCAUAUUCACCAUCAUCAUCAUCCUCAUCCUCGAUUGAGUGAUCUGAAUAAAAAUAUGUUCAAGCGAUCAGUUUCUUUCUUUCGAAGCUUGAAUUUCAUGAGGACACGUCAGCGUCUGCAAGAAGCCGCUGCUAAUGCUGCUGCGGCCGGCAACACUGGAACGACGUGUCGUCCGACUACGAGUACUCAGUUGCACCAUAUGAUAUCAGAGCGGAAGAGGCGUGAGAAGCUUAACGAAAGCUUUCAAUCGCUCAGAUCACUACUUCCUCCUGGAACCAAGAAAGAUAAAGCUUCGGUACUAAAUAGUACAACGGAUUACUUAAAUUCAUUGAAAGCUCAAGUGGAAGAGCUUAGUAAGAGAAACAAAGAGUUGGAGGCACAAGUUCUUUCAGCAGCCAUUAUAAGAUCAACCUCUGAUGAUAAUAAUAUUAUUAAUAAUAAUAAAAAUGUGCCCCUGCUUAUUAUUGAUUCUUCAUCAACUACCACUACUGCUGAUCAUGAUGGUGAUGAUCAAACACGAAGAGUGAAUGUUCGGAUACGACACGUGUCCGAAUCGACUUCUGAAGAAGCUCAAAUUGUUGAUCUGCAAUUGAUGAUUACACAGCAGAGAGCUAAUAAUUCCAUAAAUGUUCAAGUUGAGGAUUUUGUACUUAGGAUUAUGGAAUUCUUGAAGAGUGUUAAUCAUGUAAGCUUGAUGUCUAUGGAAGCAAAUACUCAAUUAACUCAAUCAAAUUCCACCACUUCUUCUCUCCAUCGCUUAACCUUGAGAUUAAGAAUUGAGGGAAGUGAAUGGGAAGAAUCUACCUUCGAGGAAGCAGUAAGAAGGGUUGUUGCUGACUUGGCCGCCCAAUAGAAAAAAGUUUUAGCCAAUAGAAACUGUCCACGUCGCAGUCAGCUAAUAAUAUCGAUCAAUUCUCAAGUGGCGGCCCGUCGUUGUCGAUGAUUCCCUCUCACUAAUUUCCUAAAUUAAUCUCAUUUGGGCCCCUCCACUUCUGAGCUACCUCAAUAUAUUUAUAUGCAUGGCUUAAUUUAGAUUAUUUUUUUGUUGCUCGUAGUGCAAAUUUUUGCACGAUUUUGAUGGCAUCCAUUUUAUUAUAGAAACAAUAAAAAUUGGAUUUGUAUAUGACAUGUAGAUGUAGUAAAACAAAACGGUUGAGAUUUUCUUAUUUAUUAUUAUA